AUUGAGUCAGCCGUAAUUUCAAAUAGUACGUGUCAUUUCUACUUCGUGGUGAGCUGUCACGAAUGUCAUGGAGAUACAUUGAUUAACCGAACGGAGUGCGUAUGUCAAAUCGAGAAUAAAAAGGAAUUUCACGCUAAACGAUGGACGGCGGUCAACCAAAAAACACGGAUCCGCAAUUUAUGUCCUUUCAGGACUUCCCAUCAAUAAGUUACGCUGGCAAUGCCGAGGGACAGCUAGGCGCUUCUACUCAACCGUUCAAUAACCUGUCAAAUGAUUCUACGGGCAUUGGCAUUAUAGAGGAUUUGCAAGGAAUACCGGGCAGAAGCGAAGCUACUACCGAGCACAGCUUCUGGACCGUCGAAUAUUAUCAAAAGUUUUUCAAUGUCAAUACGAACGAUGUUCUGGAACGACUCAAGAGAUCCAUGAUACCGCACGGUAGUGACAAUUAUCUCCUAACGCACAUCAGACCGAAUCCGGAUUUGUACGGUCCGUUCUGGAUAUGCGUGACGCUGGUGUUCUCCAUUGCGGUCAGCGAAAAUAUGGCUAACUAUUUACAAACCGCUGACUCCGCCAAGUAUCAUUGGAAAUAUGACUUCCACGUAGUGUCGUACGCAGCUACUUUUAUAUUUUUAUAUGCCUGGUUAUUGCCAAUAGCCCUGUGGGGCACAUUAAAAUGGAGUAGCAGCUCGAGAAACACGGAAGAAGAGCUGAUCGAGUCUCAAGCUGUUCCCGGUCUUCUGGAAUUGUUAUGCUUAUAUGGCUAUUCUCUGGCGAUAUAUAUCCCAGUGACAUUUCUGUGGACAAUUCAAAUUGGUUGGUUACAGUGGUGUUUAGUCAUACUGGCAACGAUCUUAUCUGGCGGUGUCUUACUCAGAUCAUUAUUGCCAAUUAUUGCAGGGAAACAUAGGAUCAUAUACGUCGCUGUAAUUCUGGGGAUGCAUCUACUGUUAGCAGCAGGAUUUAUGCUGUACUUCUUUCAUGUGCCAUACAAGAAAGGUGUGUCAAACGUGGCUGAAGUAAUAGCUUCCACAACGCAACACGCUAAUAUGUUGCACAAAGUAGCACAAAACAGCAGUUUAAACGUGGGGUCAACGCCAGCAUCUUGAAUCAUUCAAAUAUGAUGAAAUCUGAUGAUAAAGAUAGACGUAACUCCUCGGAUUGAAUCGGGAGAACUCAUUUAUUCGCGUAUCGAACGUCGUUUUAUGCAAAGAGAUAUCGUUACCCCGAUGUUCGUUCGACAUACUUCAUCGCACAUGGCGCUAAUCAACGUGUCAGCUUUGCUCGUGUAAAUUUAGCAUUUAUACUGUGAUUGUAAGCUAUAAUAUAUUAAUAAUAAAGAAAAAUAUUGUACAUUGACUGGUUCCACGUUUUUCCGCGGAGCCAAAAUUACCCGUCGGCUCGAUGUCCGUCGUCCUCAGUCGCGUAAACUAAGGGUAAAAUGACACAAGAGUACCGAAGAGAGUGUACGGUUGAUUUAUUUCACAGCCCUAUGGCAAUAUAGGGGUGCGUCACCACAUCAACGCAACACACAUAUCAUUUAUAAUCAUACGAAAUAAUCUCCACGACGUUGUACAAUAAUGUGAUCGCGCGGUAUUCAGCACUUAUAAUAUACAGUAGAUUACAUUAUUGAUCGCACAUAAUUCAUUAGUGUCUUGCUCAUUUUACCGAUGUGACAAAAGGCAACAUUUAUUUUGUAAUUGUUAAUCGUUAGUGUUAUUAUCGUCGGUGUAGUCUAAUACAUAUGCCAUGACAAUAGUAAUUUGCUCGCGUUGCGGUGUGCCGGUGAAAUAUAUGCACAUGCCGCUCGAUUCUGACUCCGUUUUCCGUUGAGUCUCUCCCGCGAGGGAUAAUUCGCACUCCCUAAAAAAAGAAAUCGCGGAUUUCGAGAAAAGCCGCGGCUAAAGGAAAUCUGCUCUCUAUCAAUAAUGCACCGCACGUAUCCACAAAGAGAGAGUCCGACGUAUCUCGAAAACUAAUUUUUCGAAAAAUCGUAUUCUUUCGAAACAUCACCGGAACGCUCCAACGGAUCGUUCGUCUCGGUGAUGAUUUGCUUACAAGCCUUGUCGAUGUGAGCGUACGUAUAAAAUACCAGAGAAUGCUACGGAUAAAAGUCUAGAAUUAUUACACUUGGUCGAGCACCAGAUUUCUUCUUCUUUUACAUUACAUCGUCUUCAAUUAUACAGAUGACUCGAGAUUGUUAGUGUCGAAUUCUUUUAAUUCUCACGAAGCAAUUUAUUAUAUAUUGAAACACGGAGAAAUCACACUUGCGUUUAUCGCAAGUUAGAAACUAUUGAUCGUUUAGUCACGUCAAGGUUGAUUAAUCUUGAAUAAUUGAAUUUUCUCCUUCUACGUGUACGUAUGCAAUAUAUAGAGUAGCUACACGUGUUAUAGCUAACGCUAUCAUCUAGAGAAGAGAGACAUUUAUCUUAUAUAAACAUGAUAUACGAACAAGAAAUCUAAUCUUUUUGUGACUUGGUAGAGAAGGCCAAAUGUGCCUAUGUCCAAGCAUGUAAUAUCUUUUCUUUCCUCUUUUCAGGAAGUGGUGCUCGACAAUGAGAGGCUGUAACGGCUGUUGAAAUUUAAUACAGCUAAGUGCUCACAACGACGUUGGUCCGACAUGUUUACCAGAUAUUGCAGUCAAAGAUUGCGAAUAGGCAGGAACGAUAAUAAUAAUAAUAGUUGAUAAAUCUAUGACAGUCUAGUAUCGAGUUACUGCUUCUCGUUAUUUUUUUUUCUGUUCUAUUAAUAUAUUUUCAAUGUUACACACA